CAGAGAUACCGGAACAAGAUAAGUCGUCUCAUCAACAGCUGAAAGUGUUCGUAAUGGAGAAAUACUGUAAAAUCUUGACUCUUCUCGGCGUCGUCGGAAUCUGUUUCCUGUUGGUUACAUCAGCACAGGAAGACGUCACUGAUCUUUUGAAAGACCUACUGACCAAAAAAAAGACGCUCUACUACAUCAAGACUUUGAUCCAAGACGUGGACAACAGCUUAGAAUCCCUUCGAAAGCGUUCCUGUGGUGCCUUCAGUUUGCCUGGUAUGAACUGCGACUUAGUAGAUCUAAAAGGCAUCAGUCAGGACCAGGACCACUGGGAGAACGGUAUGACACCUGGUAGACGACAGACGCCUCAACACUUUGCUGGUCGUGUCAAUGUUCCGUCUAAGACACACAACACCCAACGACGCUCGUGCAAACUCGGCACUCCCGGCAACGACUGUAUCUUGAAGGAUGUAUUGGGUGGACUGGAUGACCAGGAUAUUUGGAAGGACGGUUUUGGACCCGGUAAAAAGUAAUCAAAGGAGCUUACGAAACGACGAUAUUGACUCUCUGACCACACCACCGAACAAGGAACUACUUUCUUCUAAUGUAUUCCUACACUUUUUUUUUCCUUUUGAAGUUUUCGGAUUAAAAAUGAGAAUUUUCUAAUA